GUCCCCGGGGCCGCGCUCGCCGCCGCCGCCGCGUCCGAAGCUGAGCCCAGGCCGGCCCGCGGCCAGCGCGCAAGGCGCCGGCAGCACCCAGCCAGCCGCGCCGCGCCGCGCCCUCCCCGCCCCCAACUCACUCCCCAACGGAAAGUUCGGCUCCGGUUGCGUUUUGAAAAGAAACCGGGAAUGGGAAGGGGUCGGGGGGUGUGCUGAGGGAGCCGGGCGGCGGCGGCGGCGAGGAGGGGCAACUUCUCCCAGGCAAGCGCCUCCUGCCGAGCCCCGCGAGCCGCAGCCCCCGAGUGGGUUCGAGGUGGUUUUUCCCUUUCCUCUGCCUCCCCCUGCGGAUUCAAGACACGGACCUUGGUCCUGGCGCUCCUGCUGCUGGGUGACAAGAGCCAGCGCCGCCGCCGCCUCGGCCGCCGCUCCCUCCGGCCGUCCCCCCGGCUGCAGCCGCUGCCUGCCGCCUCCGCCAGCACCAUGGAGUUCUCCGAGAGGAAAAGAAGCAGGAAAUCCCAAAGCUUCAAACUGGUGAGCCGAGAUUAUCACCAUGAGGUAUAUAAGAUGUCAGAAUUCAGCAACGAUGUUAAUGGGGAGGCCAAAGAGACACAACCCAUUUUUUUAGGAGAUGAAAGUAUGGAAAUCAAAAAACAAAUUACAGGAAUGAGAAGAUUACUGAAUGACAGCACUGGAAGGAUAUAUCAGCGUGUUGGCAAGGAAGGAGAAAAAUUAAAAGAAGAACCUCAGGAUUUGGAUUCAAUCUGGCCUCAGCGUUUGAACUCCUCUGCUGAGGUCUCACAGAGCCUCCACCCUUCUUCAUGUGGUGCAUGGAAUGAGCUUCCACCCCAAAGCGGACAGUUCUCAGGGCAGUAUGGCACCCGCUCUAGAACCUUCCAGAGUCAGCCCCACACUGCUGGGAGUGCCAACGGAGAAAUUCCAGUUGUGAAUUCGUCAGUUGGAUCCAACUGCUGUACUUGUAACUGCCAGUCAACAUUGCAGGCCAUUCUCCAAGAACUAAAGACCAUGCGGAAACUAAUGCAAAUUCAAGCAGUUGGGACCCAAAACAGACAACAACCCCCAAUUUCCCUUAUAUGCUCCCAGCGAACUGCUGUCUCACGCAAGAGAAAUAAAAAGAAAAAAGUGCCCUCAAAGACUGCUGAACCUCUGACUGUGAAGCAGAAGCCUGGCAUGUUAGAAGCAAAGAUGACAGCAGUGACCUCUGAGCCGUCUGGUCUCCAUACGGCUGAGCACACCUCCACUGUGGAAAACCGCGUCCUAGGAUUUGGAAUUGUUCUUGAAUCACCUUCCUCAGAUCCAGAAGUGCAACUUGCUGAAGGCUUUGAUGUCUUUAUGCCUAAAUCUCAGCUGGACUCUAUAUUAUCAAACUACACUCGCUCAGGAAGCCUUCUGUUUAGAAAGCUGGUGUGUGCAUUUUUUGAUGACAAGACUUUGGCUAACUCCUUACCCAAUGGGAAGAGGAAAAGAGGACUCAAUGACAACCGGAAAGGACUAGACCAAAAUAUUGUGGGUGCAAUAAAAGUCUUCACGGAAAAAUACUGUACUGCUAAUCAUGUGGAUAAACUUCCGGGCCCAAGAGACUGGGUACAGAUACUGCAGGAUCAAAUUAAACUGGCCAGAAGAAGGUUAAAAAGAGGCUCAGAGGCAGCUGAUGGCGAUGAAAGACUGGACAGCGUUUCCCUGCCACCAACAGGUAAUAUAUUUGACACCAGGAGAGAAAACACAGAAGACACAGAGCCAGAUUUCACUGCUUAGACUUUUAUUCAGUGACAUUGCUCGUUAGCAUAUGUAACUCUUCCGUUUGAAUUUCCUCAAAGAUGCACGUAGCAUUUCAGGAUACUGCAAAGUGUGGGUGUUCUGUGAGUUUACCUGUCAUAUUUGUGUAUUUUUCAUAUACUUUCUUUAUAAUAUGUGAUAAUCAAGCCUCCAAAUUGGUAAAGAUUUUUUAAAAUCAUAUUUAGAUUUAUUACCCUUUAAAAGUCCAGCAUAUGAUCCAGUUAGUUCAUUGUUCAUUAAAAAGUUGUUCUCUCUUCCCUGUUUUUUUUCAUAAGUUCAAUGUGAAUAUGUAGAGUUUUGAAGCAUAUUUAUUUUAAUGUCUUUUGAUUAGAUGUGGUAAAAAGGAGAAUGGCUCUUUCAGGGCUGAGGAAGCAGUUAUGAAGCCCAAAAUUAAUUAGACUUUCAUCAGAUCAGAAGAUGAAAAAGUUGUUUGAGGAGAUACGAUAGAUCUGAUCUAUUAGAUGCAAUUAUAUGUGACACCAGUUCCCUGAAAAGUAACCAUUUGUAACUGAAAAAGUGCAAAUGAUAUAUGAAUCCUUAGGGGAAAAAAACACAGUGUCAACACAGUGACAAAAUAACUAAUUAAAAGGUGAGAAAUUCAAACUAACCAGUUAUCUACAUGAUACCUAACAACUAUUUUAACAGAUGUUUUUAACUGACUGGUCCAGUGUUUUGGCAUUGUGUCACACCCCAGGCACAACUGUACUUAAUUAAUAUUAUAUAUUUUAUUGGUACCUAGUACACUUACCUUCCACUUCAUGUAAAACCAACAUACAAAAAUAUGCAUUUAUUUUAAAGAGCUAUCUUGCCAUGUGGGUAUUUGUUUUACAGAAAUAUUUACCUGUGGACUCCUUUCUCUAAUAAGAUGAUGAAUUUAAAAUAUCAUUUUAUUUAGAAACAUUGCAUUUAUACCUCAUUUAUUGUAUAGAGCAAAUUGGCACUUGACCCAAAGGCCAAAAAGUGGCUUGAAAGAAAUUUGAACUGUGGAAACACCAAAUCCCAGGGGGAAACUGCUGUGGUGACUGUUACACUCCAUUCCCAGCACUUGUUUUUUUAAGUCAGAGUGUUAGAGCACAAAGUUAGUGUAGAGGUGCCCUGUCCAAGGUACUUGGGCCAUAUCACACUGAGCAGCUAAGCCUGAGCUUGAGAGGGCUCUGGGAUGGACCAGUAUUCCACUGAAGACCAGCUGAUCAACCGAAGGUGGUAAGAGGCAUCCUGAAAUGUGAUGACGCUGGUUCUGAGUGUGGCUCAUGGAAUCAAUCUAACUGCUAGACAGCUACAUCUCAUACAUGUGUGUCUUCUUAUUGAAGCUUAUUUAUUUGUCUUCUUUUUGAAGCUGAAAGGAAGGUUCAGAGAAAUUGUUUCAUCACUUCCUUUAGUUAUUAGCCAUUUACACUUUGGCCAGUUAGUCAUCCCCUCCCUGAAAUAGUUCUCUUCAUUAAGUGAUCUGAUGAAGUGUUAUGAACCAGGGCUUUUGUUUUUCUGCAACAUAUGUUUUAAAGUUUGCCUUCUGUCCCUAGGAAGGAAAUAUUUCUCAAGAAAAUUGCCAAGAUGCGUUAGUGACCUUUCAACUCUAUUACAGUAGGAUGAAUAUGUUGCUAAUAAGGGUAGAAACAUUUACCUUACAAUGGUGGGACCUGUUAACAAUGCUGUUAACAAUGUACCAGGAACCUUCAAAAGCACUUCCUUCCAAGACUGGGCAACAGCUUGGAUCUUUCAAUACUUAAGGGGAUGAGUGGAUUGUUUGACUCACAGAUAUGUGCAAUGGAUCCACAAAUUGGAAAUGCAUAUCAAAAAACUGCAACAGUAAAAUCGUAUUUUGUAAGUUAAAAUUGUAUUUGUGUUUACUUACUGUGACUACUGUUCAGACUUUAUUCAGAAAUCCUUUUUAUAGGCUUUCUUAGCAAAAAAAAUUAUUCCCUAUGGAUAAUGUCGCAAUCUUCUGUAUAUAUGUUUUAUUAAUAUGUAAAUAUUUAGAUUUUUAAAAAUUAUUAUGGUCUUAAAAAAAUAUUUCAACUCAAGACUAGUUGUUAAAAUGGUGUAUAACAUUGUGUUGUGAUAUCAAUUCCCAAGAUGCUCUUUAUGUCUAUUCCGGAGGAAUACAAUAAAUUACUUUAAUUGAACAUGCCUGUUUUGUGCCUGUGUGCCAGUCCUCCUGUGUUUAUGAAGAGGAGUCAAUGCUAGUCAUUAAUUAAAAGGUAUUUAUUGAUAAUACUCUGAUGAUCUUACACAGAAAGUUUUAUCUUCUUAUGAAUUUAAUUUUUAAAAAUAAACAAACUAGAUUGCCACCAGAAAGUGUCUUCAAAUGUUGAAAGUCACAGUCUCUGCCCAGGCAGUCAGAUCAAUGGCUAAUGCAAGUCCCACAGCAACACUAGAGCAUUGAGUACUGAUAUGCUUGAAGCCUAAUUUUAAAUGAAUUAGAUAGCUUUAUAAUCUUCACUUAAAAGGUUAAGCCCUGCUUCUAUGGAAACAACACAUCAGAAGGACAAAUAAUCAAUCUUCUUUAAUGCAGAGUGGCUGUUAAAACGUAAUUGCUUUAUUCUCUCUUCUGAACACAGGAGUAUGCUACUCCUCCCUGGGUACUUGCCCCUCUGUCUCCAACAGGCGUUCCCAGCCUCGAGCACCCCAGGCUGAUGCACCUGUUCUGUCAGGGCUCUGUCCAGGGCCUGGCUCCGCGGCCCCUGUUUUGAAGGACCCAGAGCUGUGCCCCAGCUGCUAGGGGUGUGGGCGGAACUGCUGCCCGAGAAAGGAGCUGGCUUGCCGGAAGGAAGGUAACUCUGAACUACAGCCAGCCAGAAGCUUUUCCCAUACCCAUGCCUCAUGGAAACUGGGAACGUGGCAUCAGCCUGGCACUCCUGCCAUGAUGCCCCUUGACCUUCGUGUGGCCCUUUGUGCCGUGAAAUCGUUUAUG